AAACCCCAUGUCAUCACUCUCACUCCCUCCCCCAUAUUGCCACUCUCCAUUCGAAAACAAAAAAUAAAAAUGAUAUCUUCCUCGAUGGCUCUGUCUUCCCCUGUUUCACUCUUUCAACUUUGCAUGCUUCUCUUUUCAUUCUUCUUCUCCACUUCCUUCUCCGCCAAACUUAACCCUACCAUCGAUUCACUCUCACUCUCUUUCCCACUCACCUCACUCCCUCUCUCCACAGCAAAACCUCUAAACAGAAACCCAAAUCUCAGAACCCUUUCUUCUUCUUCUUCUUCCUACAACAUAAAAUCUUCGUUCAAAUACUCCAUGGCCCUGGUGGUUACUCUACCAAUAGGAACCCCUCCACAGCAUCAACAAAUGGUGUUGGACACAGGAAGCCAACUCUCAUGGAUUCAGUGCCACAACAAAACCCCUCCAACGGCGUCGUUUGAUCCAUCACUCUCUUCAUCCUUCUAUAUUCUUCCUUGCACCCACCCUCUCUGCAAACCCCGCGUUCCCGAUUUUACCCUCCCGACAACCUGCGACCAGAACCGCCUCUGCCACUACUCAUACUUCUACGCCGACGGCACCUACGCCGAGGGCAACCUCGUCAGAGAAAAACUCACCUUCUCCCCUUCCCAAACUACCCCUCCACUUAUUCUAGGCUGCGCCACCGAGUCCAGCGACGCCAGGGGCAUUCUUGGAAUGAACCUCGGCCGCUUGUCCUUCCCCUCGCAAGCCAAAGUCACCAAAUUCUCGUACUGUGUCCCCACCCGACAAGCCGCGAACGACAACAACCUCCCAACCGGGUCGUUCUACCUCGGAAACAACCCAAACUCCGCGCGCUUCCGCUACGUCAGCAUGUUGACCUUCCCUCAAAGUCAACGCAUGCCGAACCUGGACCCAUUAGCCUACACCGUCCCCAUGCAAGGAAUAAGAAUCGGUGGCAAAAAACUCAACAUCCCACCUUCUGUUUUUCGACCCAACGCUGGCGGGUCGGGUCAAACCAUGGUCGACUCCGGAUCCGAAUUCACCUUCCUUGUCGACGCGGCUUAUGAUGCGGUGCGGGAAGAGGUUAUUAGAGUGGUGGGGCCUAGAGUUAAGAAGGGGUACGUGUACGGUGGUGUGGCUGACAUGUGUUUCAACGGGAGUGCGAUGGAGAUCGGACGGCUGAUAGGGGACGUGGCGUUCGAGUUCGAGAAAGGCGUGGAGAUCGUGGUUCCGAAGGAGAGGGUGCUCGCUGACGUGGGCGGUGGGGUCCACUGCCUGGGAAUCGGGAGGUCAGAAAGAUUAGGUGCGGCCAGCAACAUCAUAGGCAACUUCCACCAGCAAAAUCUAUGGGUGGAGUUUGAUCUCGCGAACCGCAGAAUCGGAUUCGGUGUGGCCGAUUGUAGCAGAUCAUAGGUAAACGAUAGGAUGUGGUGGUGGUGCAUGUCGCUAUCAUGUGUAGUAGGCAUUAAGGCUCAGAAGUCGUUGUUGGGAUAUGAAAGCGUUGCAUCUUUACUGUAUAAAUUAGGCGAUGAGUGACGUUGGGAUUUGGAGCGGUCUACCAAGGCAAGAAAAAGAGGUCUUUCGUGCGGUAAGGCUAAACGUCAACGUUUUGGACCCAUGAGAAGAGUGCAUGCACGUUUAUUAAUCUGAAGGGGACUCGUGUAUAGAUAACGAUUAGAGGGGGUAGUAUCAAACUAUAUCAAUAAUUGUCGUGCGUAUAUUUUCUGUUUGAAAUUAAAGAUAAGAUUGAAUGAGAUACACAAUAUGGUGGCGUCCUCUUGUUUCAACAUUUCCUCUCUAUUAAAUAUAAAUGGAGGAAUAUCAUUUACCAAAAAACAUUAAUGGAUCAGUACUAAUUUCAACUUAAUUUAUAA